AUGGUUGGCAACCCGUCGAUAUCUGUCGAAGUGUCAUCAUACAUGUGCUCCCUCCGUAGAUGCAAGGUUCAAGCUGGUGAAGUUGCAAAUAGUGCUCGUGCCAUAACAUCACGGGGGCAAUCUGGUUUGGACCUGUGGGGUGGUGGGCAUGUCCGGAGGCUUCUGCAGGCAGCCUACAUGGUGUCAUUUCUAUGCAUGCUCUGUUUUGACGAAGUGCUAAAGAUUCAGGACCAGAUGGUCCUGCACCUCCCCUUCCACAAGACCCACCAAAAUGGAGAGAUUCAGCCAUUUCACCUGUGGUCCCUUCUGUUCGAGUCCAAGAUCACAUCAGGUUACCUGUUCCAAAAGAUUGUGUCCAGUGACUGCAUAGCGGAAGCAAACUCUGCAAUGUCCUCUGAACAGUUCCUCGAAUUAUUUUGCAACAAUCUCCUGGACAUCAACAUUGACCCUGCCCCUUAUGGUACCCACUCAUUCCGGAGGGGUGGCUGUCAGUACCUCCAUGUCAAAAAACACUGGCCACUAAGGAGGAUAUGUGAGUGGGGAGGUUGGAGCACAGAGUUCUCCAACCUAACUGUAGUGAAGUAUUUCAUUUCUUCGAACAAUGACCCUGCAGAGCCAAGGGAAUAUUUUUUCAAUCCUAACAGGCCACCUAUGGUUAAGUGCACACAGUGUGGGAGGUGCUGUGCUUGUGCUUAA